UCGCAGUUCUCUGUGUUCAGAUAAAAUCAUUGGGAAAACUAAAACAAAAUACACACAAAUAUUAAAAUAAUUGAAAUAAUUGAAAAGUUAUUACUUUAUACGUAUUAUCUUACAUAAAUUAUUAAAUAAAUAAAAAGAAUAAACGGAUUUAAAAGUUCAUAUUUAUAACAAUUUUUACUAAAUUCUAACAAUUUUUGAGACAUAAUAUAUUGAAAUAUUUACUGCACUUUUUCAUCUGGAAAAAAACUCAUCAUCUUCCAUCAUGUCUUCUUCACAUUCAAAUGCGCAAAGUAGUGAUAAUUCUACAUCAGCUAGCAAAAAUAUAGGUAAAAGCAAAACAAAUUCUGCUCAGAAUAGUAGUGGAUCGGACAGCAUGGAUAAGGUAUCGCCUGAUCAGGAUAUAUAUAUAAAUCCGGCUGAUGGUUUGCCUAGUCAACAUCCAACGUUGGCUGAUGGUGAAAUUGAUAGCAGUGCUGAGCCAGAAAUAGAUCCCGAUUCUUUUGAUGACUUACCUACAUCAAUUAUUGUUACUAAUAUACAUUCGGAGGUAUUUGCUAGUCCUGAACUUAAACAAGAAAUGGAGGAUUUAUUCUGUAUGUUCAGUGACAAAGCAACAUUUCAAUGGUUGCGCAGUUUUAGACGUCUCCGAGUUAACUACGAUAAUGCUAUAGCUGCUGCGAAUGCUCGCAUUAAAUUGCAUCAAUAUGAAUUCAAUAAGAAAACUGUUAUAACGUGUUAUUUUGCGCAACCGGUAACACCAGUAUCCAACAAAAAUCUUCAGCCACCAGCUCCGGUGAAACAAUUCCUAAUAUCACCUCCCGCUUCUCCUCCAGCCGGCUGGGAACCUAGAGAAGAGAAUGAGCCAUUAGUUAAUCAUGAUUUGUUGGCUGCUUUAGCUAGUCUCACCCCAGGCGAAUCUCAUGAAUUACAUCCUCAAAGUGAAGAUCAGCCCGCAAUCAUUGUACACACCGCCAGAUUACCAGAAACUACAACAGAUGUUAUCAGUGCCGGUUCAAAGAUGCCAAUAGUCCCAACCAAAUGUCCCGAAAGAGCAUAAACAAAAAAUGAAAAAGAAUCGAACAAAUCAAGUCUUAAUGAAGUUUGAGUCAGACUUUACAUGUUGCAAACAAACAAAAUCUAUUUAUUUAUACACUUUUUCUUUUGUUAUUUGUAGGCUGUUGUUUGUUUUAAAACUGAAGCUAAUUAAUUAUACACAUAAUAGAAAAAGAACAAAAGAUGAAAGAAAAAACUCAAUGUAUUAAAUGUAAAAGAUAAAAAUUGUUAAAUAUUUAAAUUUCAGUUUAGUUUUCGUUAAAUAUUUAUCGAAGCACUAGCUUAAACGAAACAUUUUAAUUUUUCUGCUAUUUUCAACAUGGAUUUCUUAAACGCACAUUAUCGAUUGUUACUUGCUCACGACAGCGUUUAAGAGAGAAGUCGGAUGAACUGAUAAAUCGCAAAGAAUGUUACUGAUGGCUUUGUUGAAACUGUCGCAGGCAUCCGAUCGAUCAAUGUCUUUUAGACUUGAAACCAUACGAAUGAUAUUGUGAUUAAGUAUAAAAUAUUUAUAUAAAUAUUUAUAGUUUUUUUAUUAAAUAUAAAGAAAAAACAAAAAAUGUUAUUACAAUAAACCAUGAAUUUAUGUGUAUUACCUACAUAACUAAUUAGAACUCAUGGCUUGUAUGUAGGAUAAGUUUAUUUAUUAAAAAUUGCCUAAAAUUGAUCUAUUGUUGAAAAUGAAAUAGAUGUUAACAAGUAAUACAUUCUCCAAUCUAACAUACGAGUAUAUACCCGAAACAAUUUAAAGCUAUUACACAAUUAACCAUAAAGGAAAUUUUAUUAUUAUUUUUUUAUGAAAUCAAUUAAAAAUUAAGAUUCGAAGAAUGUAAAAUAUUAACAACUAUGUUAUCUCUUGUUGUACUAAUUUUAUUUCUAUAAAUAUUAAUAUAAUAAGAAAAUCAAACAAAACUAAUACAGCUAUAAUGUAUUAAUUUUUUAUAAGCUCUGCUUUAAACGUGCCCAGAGCUUAUCUAGUUCAUACUGUAACACAUUAUUCCGAUACUGUAUUUGCACACUCAUCCACAUCUACUAAAAAGAACACAGACUUCUUGGUGUAUCUUUAUAAUCGUUGAAAACAAAAUUUGUCCUUAACUGAUCCCAGCAGAGAAACACUUAAAAA